ACUGUCUCUUUAAAAUACGUUAUAAUGACGCGUCGUGGAGGACCGAUUUCCGAUUUAAUAUGGGAUUCGUACUCGAUGAGGGGACCUGAGGUUAAGUCGAUCACCGGGGCAUUAACCAAACUCCAGUAUAACAGCGUGGUCGUCGUCCUCUUCACGAUCAUCGCUAUCCUGGGGUUGUUUCUUAUUCUCCUCAUGAUGUCGAAUUCUGGAUGGACAGCAGCAGACUUCCAGGUGCAGAGUUCAUAUGAGCAUCGCAUGUUGAAGAUCGAGAAUUUACGUCUUUCACUUGAAGCUAGUGAGAAAAAGGUAAAGAAGUUAGAAGAUGAAAAGAAGAGUCUCUCGAACAAGCUUGAGCUAGUCUCCAAGAAGUUCCUUGACACGAGGAUCGAGUUUGAUAAAGCGAACAAGAAUGCAAAACGUACCAAGACAGAGAUGGACGAUCGACUGCAUCAAGCCCUGACAGAAGGAUCCAAAGCGCUCACAAGCUACCAAAACACCAAGGCGAGGGCAGAUGAAUUAGAAGAGAUUCUACGAGAGGUAAGAGCGGAGAGAAGACUCGUUCAAACGGAGAACGAAGCUCUGGCAGUUAAGCUUGGAAGAGCGAUUGAAAAGGGCGAGGCUGCUGAAGAUGAGAUUAACAAGCUCAAGGCGUAUUAUGGCAUGAAGGCUGACACACCCAGAGCAAUCUUAGUACCUCAGGUCAACACUGAUCCAUUGCCACAGACGGGUAUAAAAAAGAAAAAGAUAGAUCCUAUACAAAUCAUUCCUGAAGAUGUAGCGAGGACACUAGACGAAGAGAUACAUCAGGGACAUAGCCAUCGGAGAUUGCCUUCGAAAGUAGUACCGAAGCCAAGGACCAAUGGUGUCUUUGUCGAAACUGUCCUCGACCUACCACCCACUCAUAAGAAAAAUGCUCAAGCUACGAUGCGUGAUGAAGUCUGACAAAGUUUUGACCAUAACUGCAGAUGCAGUUGGGACAUUGUGAACGUUUUCUUUGGCGAAGAACUUGCUUGUCUUUCAGUGUAUCAUUUUUUUGUCCUUCUUUUGAUGUCGCUACUUUCUCACGAGAAAGAUGUAAAAUCUACGAAAUGUGGUGAAGUUCUUACGUUUCCUUACGAAAGAAAGUUUAACAUCGAGAGUGACAAGCAUAGAACAAUGGUUAUCGAUAUCAUAAAUGAAAGACUGACGAAUUUGAAACUACACUUUUGUUACACGUGCCUUGUGGACUGAGAUCCGUAGUGGUGCCAAGCUAAGACUGCAAGGAAAUGAUGGAAGUAUCUUUUGAUAAUCUUACACUUCCAUUGCAUCCAAGACGCUUCAUUAACUAUAUCUAUUCUAAAAUGAGGACUUGGUUAAGAAUAUCUAUCUGGUGCAUUUUAUCCCCAAAGUUUCCUGGCAAUGCUAAGAAGAGCUGCAAAAGUCAAUUUCGAGAGAACAAAGAUGGCGCUUUUCAUGUUAGAAAUGUGGAAUGAUUGAACUUGAAGCCAUAGUAAUUUAUCUAUCAAAUACCUAAUAUCUUUUAAGAAAUUAUCGUUCUAAUUACUAUGAUCAUCGAUGUAAUACCCACAGGAUAGAGCUCGCUGCAUGCUGCCGCUACAUGAAAAGUACUCCAUGAUUCAAAUAACAGUUCUAUAUGAAGAAACAAAACGCUCAUUAUGGAACUUUUUGUACGCGCUUGUCCUUUUGGAGAACUUCUAUAGUCCACCGCACACCUUACGACCACGAUCGGAUUUUGGAACAAAUCGCAUUUUGCUAAUUUUCUAAAUAUUUGAAUGAAAAGUUCCUUUUAUUUGAGGUUAGAAUUAACUAAAAGAAUGCUUAUAUAACAAUUUUGGGUGAUUACCAGCCAUUAUUUUGGACUAAAGGUUAAAUUGGUAUUAAAUCGUAGCCAGUCGUGCGAUUGCUAUCGCGUCAUUACGACUAGAUAUUACAUUAUUUUAUUCUAAUAAGGAUGAUAGCGUAGUCACAGAUUUGAGCAUAAGUAUUCGUAUGAUGACUUAGAACAUUACACAGUAAGAUACUCCAUGUCUCAAUAUUAUUAAAUUCUACUACGUUUUCUUCCAAAAUCGGGUCGCAGAGCAAUCGUAAGGUGUGCGGUGUCCUUAAGUAUUUCCGAAAUAGAAAUAGCACAUUGUUGGCAUGGUUGGACAUGAUCGAUGACUAUGAUGAGCCUCCCAUCUGCUGCUCCCCAAAACAAUAGAUGGCGGUGUUUCUAUUGAAUCUUAGGAAAAGUUGAUAAUUUUAAGCUGCAAUAAUUUGUGUUCUAAAUCUUUGCAUAUUUAUUUUGAAGUGAUGAAUUAUGAUGCAUCAUGCCCAUAAACGCUGAUCGUUUUUUCUUUCUAAUUGAUAGUUUCCCGUUAAUUUACUUGAUUAAUAGACCGGCUACAGGUUUUAACUUAUUUUUCCAGUCAUUGGCAAUGAAACAGCAAAUUUUAAUGUGUUAUUUUACGAAGCUAUUAGUUGAAAAUAAUAUAUGGACCAAAUUUUGAAACACCUCUACCUCUAGAAAACU